AUGGAUCUCUUCAGUCUCUGUCCUGGUGUUUUCCUCAUCUUCCUCAACAUGAUUUUACCUGCCCAUGUCAUUGUCGUCAAUACCCUCUGCAGCCUUUUCCUCAUCUCAUUCGUUGUCGGGAGGAAAGUGGCCGGGUAUAUACGCGAACACGGACGACGAGACGUUGCAAGAGUAGGGGAGUACACGUACUUCGCUUUCCUCGUGUUCGUGACGUGGGCUCUUUCCCGAGGAACUGGGCAACGCAUUGACUGUCGACAUCUACUCCCCGAGCGGCCU